AUAAUUAACAUUAAAGUUUUAUAUAAAAACUUAAACAUUUCACAAACUGGACAGUAUUUAGCAUUUGACCACAAUUGGAAUAAUAACGCUAAACAAAAUGAAAUUGUUUUUAAUCGCUGUGGCCUUGGUGGCUGUAGUCGUAGCUGAUGUAUCCGAAUUAGGUUACAAUUAUCCUGAAGGUAGACCAGCUUUCGAUGAUGGUGCUGGCAGUUAUGGAAGUGCCAGUCAGACAUCAUCUUCUUAUGGUAGUGUAGGCCACUCAUCUGGUGGUUUCGGUGGUUCUGGUGCUGGUGGCCAUUCAUCUGGUGGCUUCGGCGGUGCUGGUGGUCACUCUUCUGGUGGAUUUGGUGGUGCUGGUUCAUCUUCACACGGUAGUGUAGGACACUCUUCCGGUGGUUUCGGUGGUUCCAGCGGUCACUCUUCAUCAUCUCACGGUAGUGUAGGUCACUCCUCUGGCGGAUUCGGUGGUCACUCAUCAGGCGGUCACACCUCUGGUGGUUUCGGUGGUUCUGCUGGUCACUCCUCUGGUGGUUUCGGUGGCUCUGCUGGUCACUCUUCUCAUGGAGGUGCUGGACACUCAUCUGGAAGCGGUUUCAGUAGCAGUGGCUCAACCAAUUCUUAUACAUCUCAAUCUUCUGGUAGCGGUUUCGGUUCCGGUUCAUCUCACGGUGGUGCUGGACACUCUUCUGGCAGCGGUUUCGGAUCUGGUUCAUCUCAUGGUAGCAGUUUUGGCUCUGGUGCAUCUCACGGUAGUGCUGGUCACUCUACUGGCAGUGGCUUCGGCUCUGGUUCCGGUUCAUCUCACGGUAGUGCUGGUCACUCUUCUGGCAGUGGCUUCAGUUCCGGUUCAUCUCACGGCAGCGGUUUCGGCUCUGGUUCCGGUUCAUCAGGCAGUGGCUUCGGUUCCGGUUCUUCUCAUGGUAGCAGUUUCGGCUCUGGCUCCGGUUCAUCUCACGGUAGUGCUGGUCACUCUUCUGGAAGCGGUUUCGGCUCUGGCUCUGGUUCAUCCCACGGUAGUGCUGGUUACUCUUCUGGCAGUAGCUUCGGUUCCGGUUCAUCUCACGGUAGUGCUGGUCACUCAUCUGGCAGUGGUUUCGGCUCUGGUUCCGGUUCAUCUCAUGGUAGCGGUUUCGGCUCUGGUUCCGGUUCAUCUCACGGUAGCACUGGCCACUCUUCCGGCAGCGGUUUCGGUUCUGGUUCAUCUCACGGUGGUGCUGGACACUCGUCCGGCAGUUCUCACCACGGUUCCUCUUCUGGAUCUUUUGGCAGUGGUAGCUCUCAUCAUGGUGCUGCUGUUAAUCGUGAAUACAUUCCACCUGCACCCAGUUCCCACCAUGGAUCCUCUUCUUCUGGUAGCUUCGGCUCUGGCAGUUCCCACCACGGUUCCUCAUCCGGUAGCUUCGGUCAUGGCUCUGGCUCCGGUAGCUCUGGCAGCUCACACAAGGGUUCUUCAUCCGGUAGCUUCGGUCAUGGCUCUGGCGCCGGCAGCUCUCACAAAGGUUCUUCUUCCGGUAGCUUCGGCUCUGGUAGUUCCAACUUCGGCUCCUCAUCUGGUAGCUUUGGACAAGGCUCUGGCAGCUCUGGUAGUUUUGGUAAGGGCUCUGGCUCCGGCAGCUCUGGUAGUUUUGGUAAGGGCUCUGGCUCCGGCAGCUCUGGUAGUUUUGGAAAGGGCUCUGGCUCCGGUAGCUCUUACCAUGGUUCCUCAUCUGGUAGCUUUGGAUCUGGUAGCUUCGGCUCCGGUUCUGGCAGUUCCCACCAUGGUUCCUCUUCCGGUAGCUUUGGCUCCGGUAGCUCCGGUCACGGCUCUGGCAGUUCCCACCACGGUUCCUCUUCCGGUAGCUUCGGUACCGGUAGCUCCGGCAGCUCCCACCACGGUUCCUCCUCUGGUAGCUUCGGACAUGGAUCAAGCGGCUCUCACCAUUCUGCCUCCGCACCAUCUGCCUCCUUCUCAUCUUUUGAUUCCUUUGGCUCAUCUGCUGCUUCUAAACCUUCCCGCGAAUACUUAUCUCCAGCUUCCGGUAGCUCCUCUCACCACGGUGCCGCAUCUGCCCCUGCUUCAUCUUACAGCUCCGGCGGUUCUUCCUCUAACUAUGGUGCUGCUUCAGCUCCUGGUUCAUCUUACUCAAGCGGUUCAUCUUACGACUCUGGUUUCUCUGGCUCAUAUGGUGAUUCUUCCAAUGUUCAUGUUUCCAGCACCGAUGGUAAAGGUUACGACUAUCCCCGUCCACAAGGAGCUUUCUUUAAAUAGAUUAUUUUAAAAACAAGCAUUUUGGAAUAUAUACAUUUAUAUAGAUAAUGGUCAAAUACUAAACCAAAUUAGAAUGUGACGUAUUUUAUAAGUACUGAAAAGAAUUUGUUAAAAAUUAUAGGACUUAGAUAUUUUCCUUAGUUUAUGAAAAUAAUAAAAAAAAGUCAUUUGUUUUACGAAAUAUGUAAAAA